ACCCACCAAAAUUUCAAAAAUUAAAUCCUCCUCCUUCUCCUCCUCUUUUCGCCACCGUCCACGGCGGCUCUCUGCUCGGAGUUUCGAAAUUUCACCGCCUUCUUACUAACCCUACCAAAUAAACAAACCUCUCCCAGAUACUUUGUUUAUUUCUCUGGGAAUGGAGGCGAAACAGGGGCCUGCAAAUUACGAGGAAGAGUGUUCGACGCCGACCCGAUGGGAGUGUCGGAUUCCAGCGGUGUUCAACUGUCCGCCGCCGCCGCCGCCGAAGAAGAAGAAGGCUGUAAGUAGUGGGAAGAAGCGGGAGCCUCCGAAACAUGGCUAUUUUCAGCCCCCUGAUCUUGAGGCUCUGUUUUCUGUUCCUCCAAGAAGGGAAGCUUGUGUUUAGUUGAAGCUCUGUUUUAGUGUUUUCAGAAAGUGGGUUUUGUUUUUAUUAGAUUGUUCUAUUGAAUUGUGAAUACAUUUUGAUUGAGAGUGGAUUUGGAUUCAUUAGUUUUCCAUUGAAGAAAGAAAGCUU